AUGGUGUUUUCCAUUUUGCUCAACGACCCCCACAAGUGUCAUGGGACUCAUCUGAAGCUAAAUGAGCAUCUUCCUGCCCGGCUAGAGCAGUGCCCCUGGUCUCUGGUAUACAGCACCCAGAGACACGGCACCAGCCUGGGCACUCUGUACAAGAGCAUGGGGGGCAUGGACUGCAGCACCAGUACCCUCACUGUCAUCAGAGACAACUGUGGACAGGUGUUUGGUGCAUUUUGUCCUACUACUCUUCGAAUCAGUCUGUCAUACUAUGGAACAGGACACACAUUCCUCUUCUCCUUCUCUCCACAACUCCAGGUUUAUGAAUGGAAGUUUAGUAACUCCUUCUUUGUGAAGGGAAGUCCAGACUACCUGGCAUUUGGUGGAGGAGGGGGUCUCUUUGGCCUGUGGUUAGAUGAUGGCCUGAUCCGUGGGCAGAGCCAGAGGUGUGACACAUUUGACAAUGACGUGUUGUCCUCCUCUGACGACUUCCUAAUCAACGACCUGGAGGUUUGGGCCAUCUCAUGA